UGGCAGGAAAAACUGCAAAUUUUAAUGAUUUCAGUAUUAUUAUUAUUUUUUUAAAUAUUGUUCCUUUCAAUGAAACAAGUACAUACAUAACUUAGCUGAGAUUUCACAUGAGUUAUUACAUUACAAUAAAAUGAACAGUUGAAAGUAAUCAUUUUGUAGCAAUUACACAUUUUUAGACUGGAAUUGCUUUAUAAGGCCCACAAUCCAACAUGCAUUUUGCGUUUUUUUUUUAAGUUAAUGUUGGUGUGUGUGUUCUCUGUUUGUUUAUAGUCAUCCUGCUUCUGGAUGGUUGUGAUAACGCUAACUUGAUACCAGUGCCGGACUGGGAAAAAAAUUCGUCCCGGACAUUUUUUAAUUACAGCGGCCCACUACAAAGGGGGCGGGGACAGAUAGGGUGUGUUUUCUCGUCACCAAUGACAAGCACGCCCCAUCACAAAGUGAGCAUUUUGGUUCAAUGCUCUUCCAGGGUAGACCAUGCGCAGAGCUCUGCUGAAGAGCUCUGGCAUGAGAAAGAGACCCUGUAUUUGUUCUGCACAGCGCAAGCAAAUUCAAUAACAUGCUUGCACUGUGUUUGCUUGAAAUUUGUCUCUGGUGUCUCCAUAGUUGGGAUACCAGGAGACAAAAAUGCCAGGAAAGCAUAUUGUGCAGUGUGUGUGAGGGUGUUGUGUGUGUAUGUGAGGGGUGCAGUGUGUGUGAGGUGUGUAGUGUGUUAGUGAUGUGUGCUGUGUUUGCGUGAGGGUGCUAUGUGGGUAAGGGUGCUGUGUGUGUGUGCUGUGUGUGAUUGGGUGCUGUGUUUGCGUGAGGGUGCCAUGUGCGUAUGAGGAAGCUGUGUGUGUCAGGGGUGCAGUGUGUGUGUGUGUGUGUGUUGGUGUUGUAAGUGUUAGGGCUGCAGUGAGUGUGUGCUGUGCGUGUCAGGGGUGCAGUGAGUGUGUGCUGUGCGUGUCAGGGGUGCAGUGUGUGUGUGUGUGUGUGAGGGUGCUGUAAGUGUUAGGGGUGCAGUGUGUGUGUGCUGUGAGUAUCAGGCGUGCAGUGUGUGUGUGUGUGAGGGUGCUGUAAGUGUUAGGGGUGCAGUGUGUGUCUGCUGUGAGUGUCAGGGGUGCAGUGUGUGUGUGUGUGUGUGUGAGGGUGCUGUGAGUGUCAGGGGUGCAGUGUGUGUGCUGUGAGUGUCAGGGGUGCAGUGUGUGUGUGUGUGUGAGGGUGCUAUAAGUGUUAGGGGUGCAGUGUGUGUGUGCUGUGAGUGUCAGGGGUGCAGUUUAUGUGAGUGUGUGAGGGUGCUGUAAGUGUUAGGGGUGCAGUGUGUGUGUAUGUGAAUGAGUGAGGGUGCUGUGAGUGUUAGGGGUGCAGUGUGUGUGUGUGUGUGCUGUGUCAGGGGUGCAGUUUAUGUGAGUGUGUGAGUGUUAGGGGUGCAGUGUGUGUAUGUGUGUGUGUGAGUGUUAGGGGUGCAGUGUGUGUGUAUGUGAGUGUGUGAGUGUUAGGGGUGCAGUGUGUGUGUAUGUGAGUGUCAGGGGUGCAGUUAAUGUGAGUGUGUGAGGGUGCUGUACGUGUUAGGGGUGCAGUGUGUGUGUAUGUGAGUGACGGUGCUGUGAGUGUUAGGGGUGCAGUGUGCGUGUGUGUGUGUGUGCUGUGUCAGGGGUGCAGUUUAUGUGAGUGUUUGUGUGAGUGUGUGAGUGUUAGGGGUGCAGUUUAUGUGAGUGUGUGAGGGUGCUGUAAGUGUUAGGUGUGCAGUGUGUGUGUAUGUGAGUGAGGGUGCUGUGAGUGUUAGGGGUGCAGUGUGUGUGUGUGUGUGCUGUGAGUGUCAGGGGUGCAGUUUAUGUGAGUGAGGGUGCUGUGAGUGUUAGGGGUGCAGUGUGUGUGUGUGUGUGUGCUGUGUCAGGGGUGCAGUUUAUGUGAGUGUGUGAGUGUUAGGGGAGAAGUGUGUGUGUAUGUGAGUGUCAGGGGUGCAGUUUAUGUGAGUGUGUGAGGGUGCUGUAAUUGUUAGGGGUACAGUGUGUGUGUAUGUGAGUGAGGGUGCUGUGAGUGUUAGGGGUGCAGUGUGUGUGUGUGUGUGUGUGAGGCUAGAGUUCACUCUCGCGAGAUCCAGUCGUUGCCAUGGCAACGCUCCGGAUCCCGCGAGAGGAACCCGGCGGAGCUGCAAGAUAGAGCUCCCCCGGGUUCCUCUGCUGGCAGGCUGGCUCCCUCCCUCUCUCCCCGCCGGCGGCCGCACUAUCCUGCAUGUGGGCCGGUGAGGGAGAUCUUUGAUCUCCCCACCGGCCCGCCGUGGACUGUUGCAGGGCCAGCGCUCGGAUAGUGCCGGCCCUACAAAGACCGGCAGGGGAGAUCCUGGAACCUCCCCUGCCGGCCUCGGCCCAUGGCCACCGCGGCCCACCGGGCAUUUGCCCGGUGUGCCCGAUGGCCAUUCCGGGCCUGCUUGAUACUAUAAAAGUUCACCAAAUUGGGAAUCAUUAAGAAUUGGCAAAAUGCUAUUGCAAAAGAAAGACCACAAUAGCUGAACUGGUUAAAAAACAAAUAUCCAACAGAGCUGUUUUUCCAGUUUGGCUAUUUUGACAUAUAAAUGCCAUUCCCUGAUCAGUUUCCCACAAUUCCCAGUUUAGUGAAUAAUACUUGAGCAGAUUUUAUUCCAAUAGACUUAUCAGAAAUACCCAGGACGUCCUUGAGCCAUAAACCAGGUGUCUUUCCAUACAGUGCCUAUAGAUGUUUAUAUGCACAAUUUGUACAUUUUGGAAUCUUGGCUCGGAGUGACAUUUCAUGGAGCUUUAAUUACUGAUGAAAGAAUUAACCCUGUCAGGCCUGGGAUUAGGGAAAUGCCCUACUAGCAGCAUAGUCAACGUCAAUGGUCCUACAGAGAUUAAUCAUAUGAGCUUUUCCCAUUCUUUUAAUUUAGUUUUAUGAUGCAAGGAAAGCAUUUCUGUAGGUUGAAAUGGUUUGGUUGCCAUGCCUGCAAAAAAAAUGUUCCAUAAGUGUCCCUAUGCCGGACUUUACAAAAAUGCAGGGAUAGAAAGAGAUUACAAAUAGUCUCAUUCUUCCCAUUACUGUUAGCAGUGCCUUGAAAAAGUAGUCUUCAGUUUAUUGUCCUGAAAGGGCUACCGUGCCCACUCCUGCUUUUAGACGUGGUCAGGGUGGUAGGAAUCCAUAUGUGCAGUGUUUCUGCUUCAAACGCUGCACAUUCACAGGUGUUUGCAUUUUUCUGUCGGGGGUCAGUUACCAUGUGACUUAGUGAGCCCUUAACUCUGUUCCAGACUCCCUAAUGUUAAUUCUGAGCAAAAAAUACUCCUGUUGUCAGCACACACUGCCCGCUGACGACAGAAGUUAGCCUCUCCGUUUCUGGGCAAGCCAGGGAAGGCUAGAUCCCCCUCCCUCCUCCUUUAUUUGAGCAAUCCCUGCCAUUCCAGCCUUCCUAUAGUGAUCCUCUUUUUUUUCUUCCCUGUGACUACCCCCACUCAUUCCCUCCCUGGCUCAGCAAGAGCAUAUGCCUUCAGAGUCAGGAGAAUGGUUUAAUCUGUCCCCCUGGGGCAGUUUGCUCCAACCCUUUCAGUGUCAUCAUGGCACAGGACAUUGGUCCAAUCCCAGGCAUCUCAUUUGGAAGCAUUGUGGACCAUAAGCGCAUGCACAGCUCACUGCAAUGAAUUUGCUCUCAUCGAGCAUUAUUGUAUGCUAUAGUUCUCUAUGUGAAUCCGCUAAUUCUAGACGCAUAGAAGCAUAGAUCUGCCGACAUCAGCAUGCUACCCGUAUUUAGAAAAAUGAGGAAUUGGGGAGGGGGCACACCCAGAACAAGUAUGUCUCAGUAAUGGUGCUGCCAUAAAGACCAAUAUUUACACAAAAUACUGAUUAAGGGAACAGCACACACAAAAAUACAGGUAUACAAUUUACAAGUCCAUUUAAAUUCACCUAUUUCAGCAAACAAAUAUGGGAUUCGGUUCCACCAUAUUGCCAUAUUAUGUUAAAUGAACAUUAUAGCAUUAGGAAUACAAACCUGUCCCUAACUUAGUAGGUCCUCCCCCUCCACAAGAAAACCCUUUUAACACUUACCUCUGUCCAGUGCCAAGUUCCUUCGGCCCUAGAUUUGCCUCUUCCCCCCGCAACAUCAUGCCAAUGGGGGAACCUAAAGAGCAGGAGCGGCAAACACAGCACGCACAUUAGAGUGUUCCCGCAGGAAAGCGUUGAAUCAAUUCUUUCCUGUAGGAAUUUUCAAGAUGCUGGUCGUCCUCAUGCAAAGCGGGAGGAUACCCAACUGCUUUUCACGGAAUUAAACUUUAAGUACCACAGUUUGCCUUAACCCUGCAAUGUAAACAGGGUUAAGGGAACAUGGACACUGCACCCAGACCACUUCAAGUAUUUGAAGUGAUCUAAGUGCCUAUAGUGUCACCUUUAAGCUCACCACAGUACCCCAUUAUCUGUGGGUCCUAAUUUUAAUAUGACAGACCAAUAGUGCUAGAUGAAUAUAACUUGAACUAAAGUGCAUUUAAUUAUUUAAUUGCAGGUACGCUGUUAAUAUAUCACUCAAAGUAUGCUACUCUUGUUGGCUUCACAGUAUGAUUAAAUAUGAAAGUCAGGAAGUUACAGUCCCGACUUGGAGGUAUGGCUUAAAGCUUUCAAGCCUUCAAACAAUUGAGCCAGAUCGAGUUGGAGGAUCAAUAAGAAUAAGUUGUUGUAGUGCCUACAGUGUUCCUUCAAAGAUAUAUGACAUAUGAAGAGAAACAGUCCAAAGUAGAUACAGAAUAGUUUACGUAUAUAAUUGGUGUGGAAUAAUUUCAUUAUUCAGCUUGAGACCAUAUAAUUAUGAUGUUAGCCUUCCUAGUUGGUCAACGCAAUCAAUAGAAUGCAAGCAUUAAUCUACUGGAUUUACUGUAUUUAAAAUGCCUAAAUAACAGAGUUUCUAAGUAAACCCAGCAGGGGAUGUGGGACACUGUACUUUGCUCUCAGUUCAUCGGGUGACAAAAUGUGUAGCCCAUCUACGGCCAAAAUAUGAACAAGCUUUGCCUGGAUAUAGGAGUGCAUCAGGUCCUGGGACAUAAAAGAACAAGUCUCUCCAAUCACUGUUUCCUAGUCUUGUAAGGUGGUUAGUCUUGCAAACGCCAGCAGCUGGUUGGUGAGGAGAUCCAUGCCUUUGGGUCUGGUACAUGGUGCAUCAAAAAAAUAAAUUAUUUGGGGAUAGAAGAGAGCCAGGGCCCCAGGAGAAGGCCUCUUAAAGGAACAAGUUAGAUGUGUUCCUUUACUAGAUUAGAUUGUUGGGUCCUACUUUUUUAGAAAAACAUUCUAUUUAUUCUCGAUUUUAAAUUCAAUAAGAAGCAUUGGAAGCGCAUCCAAUAUUAACAUGCUGACACUGGACAUAAUAGAUUUCACUUUAGUGGAUGCUCCUAAAGACUGUCUAAAUGACAGCCACUAGAGGUGAGGGAUUUGCAAAAUACAGGCAGUGCCAUUUCCCAGAAAUGGCACUUUUUUCAUCAGCAAGUCCACAAAUUAAAAAUAACCAACUUAUGUGCUCAGACUGUCUCUUUAACUAUUUUUAGGGAGGCUGUUGUCUAGCACAAGAAAAACGUCCAUUAAAAAUGGACUCCAUCAUGCCAUCCCAGAGAGUUGGGUACAGAACAUAUUAAUAAGUGUCAGACAAGCCUAGGGACAGGCAAACUCUAGCACUCCAGCCUUCAAUACACUUGCUGUCAUUCACACUAUGUUAUAGGACACCUUUCCCUAAGGAUUUAUCCUUUUGCUUCCAAGAUCAAUGUAAAAUACUAUAAUUGUGUGAAUGUUACAUUACCUAGCUAGUAAUGUAACAGGAGCAAUGUAAAGGUGACAGUGCUGUUAUUUGUUAUACUAAGUUCCUGUCCAGUGAAUGAUAGCAACACAGCAGCGUGGAGAUAUGUAGCUGGUGGAAAGUAGAAUUUGUAUAAUAUGUCAGCUGCUUGGACUGGAUUGUGUUCCAUUUCCUUCAAAUCAGCCACUUCUCUCUGUAUCCUUAUUCCAUGCUCCUGUAAAAACAGUCAUUAGGUCUCCACUGAUUGUAGAUGCUUUAAGUGGUCCAGUGUAUCAAGGCUACUCGAUUUCUUCUGUCCAUUGACUUUGACUUGUAUAGGUUUUUUA